AUGUCCAACCACCUCACCGGCGAGGUGCACCUGCACAAGGGCCCGCCGUUUGUGCACGUCAAGCAGAAUUCCACUCCCGGCAGCCGCGCUGAGUCCUCCUGUGAGUCUGGCGAUGAGUCCGGCGACUCUCCGCCGAGACUUUCUCGGGACCCCACGCACCUCAACCUGCGUGCGCUGGACGGGACGCCUCUCCGGAGGCGCCGCAAGCCCGAGGCCGAGGCCGCCGCACCGCAGGCCAAAUCAGGCACAGCCGACGCAGCGCCUUGGGUGCUGGUAGACGCCAGUGCCGUUGCCGCCGACCGAGCGCUGCCGCACAUCCUGAGCUCGUACCGCCCCGAGGGCUGCACGUCAGUGCUGCGCGCCCUCUUCACCCUCCACAACCAGAGCCUCAACAUCUACACGCACCUACUCGGCCUCCCGUACGUCGCCUCCUUUGUCAUCGCUCCGCCGCCCUCCUCCGCCGCCGCCGGGCCCUUCGUGGCUGCCCUGCGCGCGCACGCCGCCGUCGCUCUCCUCGUCGGCGUGGCCUCGGACCUGACUCUGGUGUCUUCAUGCGGCAGGCAGCUGCUUCUUGCGAUUGACCAAGGGCCCCUCCUCGCCCGCCGCCUCCUUAUCGCCCUCGCCGCCGCCGCCCUCGCCGGCUUUUGGAGCUUUGUGAGCGGCGUGCUUCAACUCGCGCCUGAGGCGGGACCGUCACGAAACUUCUUUCAAGCCGCUUGGAACUUCCCCAUAGGCGCGCUCAACUCGCGCCCAAAGGCGGUCGUGGCCGGCGUCAUGGGUCUGCCGCUCGUGAUCGGCCUCGCCGGCCUCGCCGCCGCCUCGCCGACGCCGACCGCGCCUGCCCUCGCCGUUUGGGCUGCCCUCUUUGCCGUCACGGUCGCGAUAUGGGUCCUGCAGAUCCCGGAGCGGUGGUUUGCCCCAGGCACGCUCGAUUUGGUGGCCAACUCGCACAAUUGGAUGCACGUCCUCGUGAUUGUGGUCUUUGCCAAGUUGCAGCGGAUCUACACUGACCGUCUCUCCGGGGACGAGCACCCGUGA